UAUUUAGAAAUAAAAUGUUACUCAUUUCAACAAAAUCGUAUAUGAGAGUAACGAGAUAUUUAUUUGACUUGUGACACAUUAACAAUGAACCGUUCAUCUAACACAAAUAUAUUGACAAAAAGAAAAAGACUUCACAUCACUUCACUUCACUUAACUUUCUUUUUCUUUUUUUUUUUUUUUCUUCCUUCAAUGUAUUUUCUAAAAGGUCAUAAGAGAGAAAUAAAUACAAGCAGACAGACAGUCUAAUAAUUAGCUUAUUAUUAUAAUUGGUUCGAUAUUGUUCGACUAUAUUCAGUAGUUGUUCAAAUAAUCAACUAUAAAUACAUUGAGUUAGAUAAUGAUGAUGCAUCAAAUAAAUAUCUCGUUACUCUCAUAUACGAUUUUGUUGAAAUGAGUAACAUUUUAUUUCUAAAUAAAGAUUUUUCUUUUUUUCUUUUUUUCUUUUUUUCUUUUUAUAUCUGUUGAAAGAAUCAACAAAUAAAUGAAAAUGAAAUGUUAUUUUAAUUAAUUAUUCAUUUAUUAAUAAUAAUAAUAAUAAUAAUUUAAUUUUUCUUUAAUAUUUAAAGGGUUUAUGGUUACGUAUAGAAGAUGCUGAAGUAUUUUAUUAUUCAAAAUUUCGUAUUUAUUCAGAUGAACGUUUUCAUAUUGAAGAAAAAAAAAUGUUUAAUAUGAUAAAUAGUACAUCAUCAUAUAAUAUUAUUAUAUAUUCAUUAAUUAUUGAUGAUAUACGUUUAUCCGAUAGUGGAACUUAUUCAUGUCAAGUAGAUAAUAUUAUUAUUAAAUUAUUUAUAUUAAAUAUUGUUGAACGACCCUAUUUUAUAACACAUCAAUAUUCAACAAUAUUACGAAUAGAAAUUGGAAAAAAUCUUUCGAUUAUUUGUGAAGCACAAGGAAAACCUAAACCAUAUAUUAAUUGGAUUAAAAAAAUUGAUGAAAAUAAACAAAAAUUAAUAAUUAAUUGUUCAAUAACAUCUAAUAUUUGUCAAUUAAAUAUUUUAAAUAUUAAUCUUAAUCAUAAUGGAAUAUAUGAAUGUGUAGCUAGAAAUAUUAUUGGAACAAUUGGACGAUUUUAUCAAAUUGAUGUACAAUUUCCACCAAAUGUAUCGAUUUUGAUAGAAAAAUCAUCUUAUUUAAUUGAUGAUAAAAUCUUAUUAGAAUGUAUUAUUGAUGCUAAUCCAAAAGGAGAUAUACGAUGGUUUCAUAGAUAUUCUAAUGAUAUUAAUCAAGAUAUAGAUUUAUAUCAAGAAUAUUUCAAUGAUAAUCAUUAUAGAAUAGAUAAUGACAUUUGGUACAUUAAACAAGAACAGUUAAAUGCAACCAGAUGGAAAACAACUCUUUUUAUUAAAAUACAAUAG